ACGACGAACGAGAAGGCAGCAAAUUAUUGUUGAGUGAUGUUUGAACGGUGAUGGUGUCGGAGGUGUUGAAGUGGAUUUUCCAAACGUGGAAAAGUGCUGGUGAAAGUGGAAAUCAGUGACCGAAAGUGGUAAAAAACGAUUUGCGCCCACCAGGGACGUCUUUUGUGCUAGUUUGCGAAACCGGAAAGUGCCGAUUCGAGUGGAAAAACUGCGUUUGGAAAAGUGAGAUUUUUUGCUCUACGUCUACACAGUCUUCGGAGCUUGGCUGCUUCGGGGCUCGGUUCCAUCUCGUCAUCAGCAGCACCAAGAAACCAAUAAUAACAAGAACAGCAGUGAAAUGGCAGCCUUGGUUGGGGCGCAGAGUUGCCAAUAAUAGAGGAUUGUUUAGAUCAAAGCACCAAAACUCCGGUGUGCAUUUCGUAAUCAGUUAUCUUUUCAUCGCAACCAUGGGCUAACGUGCGAGAAUCCAAUCGACCUCCAAUUAAUUCGGAAAUUUUUCAACGAAAACAAACAAACAUUUCCCCGCCAACCGGACCAGUAGCCGAACCGAACAAAAACCAACCAAAAAGCGCACGGCUUCCGGAAUUCGAUGACCAUCGUCGUCGGAUUCCUCAAGGCCUCCGCCGCUAUUUCACCCGUCGUCGUCGGCUACGGUUGCUGCCGGUAGCGUAGCGCGCGAUCGCUGCCAGUAUUUGAAAGAAAAUGGCAUUCUGCAAACACCCUAGUACGGUCGUCGACACAGGUGCUGCGAAACGCCAUUCUUCAUCACACCCCGUAACCACGACGGCAAUCAGUGCAGCUAGCCCCAGAGUGGAUGGAAAUCAGCGGAAGCAAGCAUUUCUUCUGUGCCUAGUGGAGGAAGCCCCACAACAAGUGGCCCAGGCUACGGUGGCAGUUAAGUGAAGUGUCGAAGAGAAUCGCAUAACCGUUUCCUCUUCUAACUAGUGUGUUGUGCAUAUUUUUCUGCUCCGACUAAGCUCUGCCAAGAUGGGUUUCGCUUGAGUGAUUUUGGUUCAUUUCUCAAUUUUUACCUGCUGUGCUCCAACACUAUUAUUGUGCUGCCGUUUCAAGAAACGAGCGCGGAGCGAGAGCAGUGUCCCAGUUAUCAGUGCAUGUGGAAGAAUAUUUACGAGCAAAGAAGAAAGAAGCUCACAAAAACCAGUGCGGAAUAUGUAUGAAGCAUAAAUUGAAUAACCAGAUUUCCUGAAUGUGUAUAGAAGCAAAAUGUGAAGUAUAAAGUAAGUUGAAAAUCUCGAUCGGAGAAGUGAAGCAAGAAGAGCGAAAGAUAUAACCACAACAGCAAAAGUUGGAGCUGCGAGGAAAUAAGUAAGAUAUUAUAGUGUGUGAAACCACGGAGAAACGAAGGAGGAAUACAAGAGAGCCAAAUUGUGAAAUAAUUGCAUGUGAAGUGGGAAGGCGUCUCAGCACUGAAAGAAGAGAAUAGUAAAAGUGCACGAAGUGAGCGCGCGAGUAAUUGUGCGGAUGGAUGAGUGAGUAAGUGCGGUUUAUUUUUUGAAGGUGAGAUCAUAACAACAGCCAACCGCGACAACAUGUCUUUCCUAAACAACCUGAAGAAGGUCUUCCACCUGGGAAGUGGGGAGGCCAAGAAGAAGCGCAUUUUCAACAACAUUCGGAUGGAUACGGAUCCGAAUGAUUACUGGGAUAUGAUUGGUGAAUUGGGGGAUGGUGCAUUUGGUAAAGUGUACAAAGCUCAAAAUAAAGAAACCAGACAGCUGGCGGCGGCGAAAAUGUGCACUUUGGAAGAUGAAGAAAAUCUAAGUGAUCAUAUGGUGGAGAUCGAUAUUUUGUCGGAGAUUAAGCACCAGAACAUCGUGGAGCUGUAUGAGGCGUUUUCGAUCGACGAUAAGCUUUGGAUGCUGAUAGAGUAUUGUGAUGGUGGUGCCUUAGAUAGCAUUAUGGUUGAGUUAGAAAAACCCCUUACCGAGCCACAGGUCGCUUACGUCUGUAAGCACAUGUGCUCCGGUUUGAACCACUUACACAAAAACAAAGUGAUACAUCGCGAUUUGAAGGCCGGCAACGUACUGCUGACGAUGGACGGUGGUGUCAAGUUGGCGGAUUUCGGUGUUUCUGCGAAAAACAAACACACGCUGCAGAAACACGAUACGUUCAUUGGAACGCCUUACUGGAUGGCACCGGAGCUGGUAUUGUGCGAAACGUUUCGGGAUAAUCCGUACGAUUUCAAGGUGGAUAUCUGGUCGCUGGGCAUCACGUUGAUCGAGUUUGCCCAGAUGGAACCACCGAACAGCGAAAUGUCUCCGAUGCGGGUACUGCUGAAGAUCCAGAAAAGCGAUCCACCAAAACUAGAUCAGCCUUCCAAGUGGUCUAAAAGCUUUAAUGAGUUUCUGGCUAAAGCACUGGUCAAAGAUCCUCAACAAAGGCCUUCGACGGACGUUCUCAUGGGGCAUCCGUUUAUCGCUGGUAAUCUGGAUUCUAAGCCAAUCAAAGACCUGCUGCUUGAAUACAAAGCAGACGUUGUUGAGGAGGAACUGGUGGAUGAGGAAGCGGAGAAAGCUAAACGACAAGCGAAGCGUAGAUCGCUCUAUCAGAGGGAACCCCGCAAUUCUGCGCUCCCACUCGACUUGGACGAUGACUCAUCGUCGUUACAGAGUCAAGAAACCUAUAAACUUCCAGAUACUCCCACAUCCCUAUCGAAAUCAUCCAGAGAUUCAAAAGAAUCGACACCCGUUCCUGUUGAAGAUGAUAGCAAAGCGAAAUCGGGAGCGGUGGCCGCUGCAGCAGCACAAACGCCUCCUGCUGUCGUCAAUUCUUCGGCGCCCAGUUCUCAGUCAGCAACAGCUGCAACAACGCCUGUGGCUAGUGAUAGUAAUAGUAAUGUACAAAGUGAUACCAAGAAGUCACCAACAACUACCGUUCCUGCUCCAGUAUUACCACCCACCGCCGAACCGACUGAAAGUUUAGUCAACACGAGUGGUAACAGUAGUAACAGCAGCAGUGCUGAGGUUGAAAAGAAAGGUGUCAUCAAAAAGGAGAAAGGACCGGCUCCUCCACCUCCUCAAACUCCUUCAUCGCCAAGUAGUCGAAAUGCUCCUAGUUCUAUCGGAGUUAGUUCAUCUUCCCAAACAACUGUUCCUCCUACCCCUCCGGAAACCCCGCAAACUCCGGAAAACAGAGGCGUUGAUCGCCCAGAUACUACAGUGAUUUCAAAACCAGCCUCCCCAUUGACAUUGGACCGCGAAACGAGUGUCGACGAACUUGUAAAAUCACCCAAAAAGGAACAUGCUCCAUCACCGCCGCCAAAACCUUCAUUGAAAGAGGGUAGUCCAUCUUCCUCACCACAGCCAUCCUUAGACGAUAACGUAAUGGUGACAAGCUCGGCCAGCAGAAGGCUUAUUCCAGACGACGACACGCUUGACCUAAGGACUGAAUCGCCAAAGCCCAAAGAUGAAGAACUUUCAAAUACCACUGUUGCCAUUCCAAAACCCCCGCUUCCAUUUGACGACGAGUCUCCAGUACCGCCGCGACUACUACCGGACGACGAAAUUCGGAUAACAUCGACACCAAACAAACCAUCGACCAUCAAUAACACCAACAACACCUCGACCAUCACCAUCAACAACGACACCGUGCUGUCGGAUCCCUCCAACAGUCUUGCCAGUAACGUAAGUCAGAUAACCGUAGUCACAAGCCAUCCGCCGGUGAUAAUCGAUAACUCGGUCGUACCGUCCGGUUCGUCCUCGUCGGCGUCCUCCACGAAGUCCUUCGGGUCGUCCCAGAGGAGGUCACGGGUGUUAACGCCAAAAAUAAGCGGCGGCGGCGACGAGGUGGUCAUUGUUUCCAACGAACUGAACAAAACGCACGUGAACGAAUCGUCCACGGAUGACGAUUUCCAGUCGUUGGACAGCUUGGAGAACCUCUCGCCGAAGUACCGGAAACAGCACCCGCAGUUGCAGCGGUCCGGCAGCGGGCAGAUAGCGCGUAAGUUAGACGAAAGCGAAGUGUUGAUCGUGAGUCCGGUCUUCAUCGGGGAGGAGGAUCAGGAAGAUCAACGGCAGGAGCAAGACGAUUUCAUCAACGAUGAGCUACAUUUAGGUAAUAAUAAUAAUCAUAGUAACAGUAAACUAUUGGACACUAGUCAUGUUUCGGUGGUCACCGUUGGCGAGGAAGAGAUCAAGGUUAAGGACUCUUCGCACUUGAUCAACAGUGGUACCAGUCAUCUGCAUCUGCAGCAGCAACAGCAACACCUACAGAACCACCAUCACCAUGAUUCCAUCAGUGAUCUAUCCAACGUGAGUUGUGGUCCUAGCGAAUCGAGCGACGAUGUUAAAGUGGUGGACAUGAUGCUGACCCAUCCGAUGGGCGGUACUACAAGCACUAGUAGCGUUAGCACAGGCAGCACAGUGACGGCCACCGGAGGUUUUGCUCAACGGUCGCCGUCGGGUUCGUCGAUUUCAACGCCAUUGAGAAGUGGUUCUAGCACUAAGUUAAAUGGCGACUUCAACCGAAGUCGGGAAGAUGUCAGUAUAAUAGUUAAUAAGCGAAAAGUGGUGGAGAAGCAAAGGAUUUCGCCCGACAGCAGUGUCGGAUCAAUGGACGGUGGCGGUUCGGUACGAUCGGCCAGUACACCGUUGCAUCAUCACCUCCAGCAACAGUCGCAACAACCGAACCAGCAACCACAUCACCAGCAGCAUGCGCCUAGCGGUAAACAGCUGGAUCGUAGCGAUGCCGAAAGCAUAGCAACAACAACUAGUCAUGAUAGCCGCGAACAGUCGGUAGAUGAAGAAGUUCAACUUCGACGGAAGCCUCCGCCGCCCGUUGAACCGGAAGAGGACAAGGUUCCACCAAUUGUCACCAGUAACAACAAACCGAAACCCAGCCAACAGCAGCGAAACUUCAGCAAGGAAGAAAUUCAUUUGCAAAACUUGAAAAAGAAGACGCGCAAGCGGACGCGAAAGUUCGAAAUCGACGGUGUCCAAGUCACAACCACUACCAGCAAGGUGAUUUACAGCGACGAGGACAACAACAAACUGUACGACGAUCAUCUGUUCCGCAAGCAGGAACUGCGGGAGCUCAAAAUGCUCCAGAAAGCGGAGAAGAAGCAGUUCUAUGAUCUGCAACAGAAGGAAGCCAUCGCCAAAGAGCAGCAGGAGAAGAAAUUCGAACAGGAGCGUCUACAGCUGGAGCGAACGUUCGAGGCCGACAUGGACGUCCUGGCGCGGCAGCACCGACAAACGGUGGAAAAGUACGAACAGCAACAAGAGACUGAACUUAGGAAUACCUCCAAAAAGAUUCGUGCCGAGCAGGAGCGAGAAUUGAAAUUGUUCCGCGACAGCCUCAAGCAGGAAAUCAGACUGCUCAAGCAGGAAGUGGACCUGUUGCCGAAGGAGAAGCGAAAAGACGAGUUCCGGAAGCGCAAAACCGCAAUGGAAAUCGAGCACGAAGAGCGGGAAAAGAGUUUCCUGUCCACCCUGUCGGAGAACCACGAGCUCGCCCUGCGACGGAUCAGCGAAAUCUAUCGCGAGAAGCUGUCGGCUGCCGACAAAGGAUACCUACAACAGAAGCAAACGGCGAUGCGGACUCGAGAGGCCAUGCUUUGGGAGCUGGAGGAGAAGCACAUUCACGAUAAACAUCAGCUGGCGAAGCGGCACGUGAAGGAUAUCUGCUUUAUGCAACGACACCAAAUGAUCAUACGCCACGAAAAAGAGCUGGAUCAAAUCAAGAGAAUGAUUUCCCGCAAAGAAGAAGAGCUGCUGAAGCGACAAACCAUCGAGAGGCGAGCAUUGCCGAAGCGGAUACGUGCCGAACGGAAGGCCCGCGAUAUGAUGUUCCGCGAGUCGCUGCGAAUUUCGAUGACCACCGAUCCGGAGCUGGAACGGGAGAAGCUGAAGAAGUUCCAGGAACAGGAGAAAAAGCGCUACAACCAGGAGCAAGCCCGUUUCGAAACGAAGCACAUGAAGCAGCUAGAAGAGCUGCGAGCUACCUCAGACGGUUCCAUCAGAGAACUGGAACAGUUGCAAAACGAGAAACGCAAACAGCUGCUGGAGCAUGAAAGUGCCAAACUGCGCGAGUGCGACGAAGCACUGCAGAAGGAACUGCGCGAGUGGAAGUCGCAGCUUUUGCCGAGGAAACAGCGUCUCGAGGAAACCUUUGCCCAACAGCACGAGGAAAUGGAACAACUAUACGGUAACAGUGUGGUACCGAUGCCACCGCAAUCCCCGCAGGCGCACGAUCUGCUGCAGAUCGGUUCGACCCGCAGCAGUAUUUCCUCCUAUUCGGACGGUCUGGGCGCAUGACAGAGGGGGAACGGUGGCUGCAGCAGCACCACCACCGGUAGUGUCAACAGUCGCCUCCUCAAGCGGUGAGGAGGUUUGCAUGGGGAAAAGGACGUGUCGUCGGUGAUUGUUCAAAAAACACACGUAGAAAGUGAGUUCUAUGUUCCCCACGCAAACCUAAAAGGGAGAUGUAAAAAUGUAUCAGGAAAACUGUGUAGAUAGUUGCAGGGCUGUUACACGUGGCGCGGAUUUUGCGUUUUUCGCGGUUUUUGCGUUUCGCGCGGAUUUCGCGCGUUUUUGCUCAUUUUGGCGCGGAUUUUGCGGAAAUCGUUUUCAAAUGCACUUACUUUUAAUAUUUGGACAUGAGGCUCAAUACAAUCAGUAAUAAAUAAUGAACAUUUUCAGAUUAGAGUUAAAAAUAUUACAAUCACUACAAAAUAGUUCAGUUUUGUGUUACGUGACACAAAAAUCACGCAUUGAAAUGAAAAUUCGUAAUUUUUAUUAUGGAUUUUGGAAGUACAUCGAAAAUGAUGACUAUUCAUAACGUUAACUCAAAAGUGAUGAAAAGCCAAAUGGGACUGUUAUGCGAGUGGGGGCAGAACAGCAACUGGAACUGCAAAAUAUGACACUUUGAGAAAUUCGGCUAAUUAAAAGUCUCCCAUAUCGUUCAAAACCUAGCCUUCAACUUGGAAUAGUCUGGAUCCAAUUAAUCUAUGAAACACGCUCUGUAGAUGUCUUUGUUGAGUUUUAAUGCCUGAAAUAUAAUUGUUAUUAAACCAUCAUGGUUUAUUAAACGCUUACAUUUAGAAGAUCGUGUACCUAGCUUAGGGUCUCCUUCAAGAACCAUCAAAGCGUCCAUUAAAUUGUGAUAUGCUUUUCCUGUGAAGCCAAACGUUCGUUGCUGAUGUCUCACAACAGCCAUCAUGGACCACAACUGUACCUUUUCAGGACUUGCUUUUUUGGUGGCUUUGUACAAUGCGUUCCAAGAGUUUAAGGUAGGUUAGGGAGUGGCAGUCAAUAUCAACUCCUGAUCCAUACCGUUAACUAGGCGCUCAUUUACACAACAGUUUCGCUUACAAACUUAGAUGUUUUCGCGUGUUGAUGACAACGCUACUUUACCAUGCCGUGAAGCUAAUAGAAAUCGCCCAACAAUCUGCUUUAAUUGCUGACUCGCUUCUACACAUUACAAAAAUGCUGUUUUCCCUUCUCAAUUUCUGGUAAGCACUGUUACAGAUCCGCUAGACCUCCUUUGACCAUUCAUAUACCACGUUGAUUGAAAAGUUUGUAUCAAUUUCCUAAAAGUUUCAUAUUUAGCGAUUCCACGUUAAGGCGAAACUGGAUCCAUUUCCUCACUUUUUGGUUUUUGAUUUUUUAUGAAAUAACGAAGCAAUAUUUUCAAAAUCGGCCGAUCUUUUGGUAUUUACUACAGAUUUUAUUUUAGGAUUUCUAUAAUAACGUUGGUUAUAAAUUGUUUCAAAAGAUUCGCCAAGAAUGCUUCUUUUUCGGGAUCCUUGAAAUCAGGAAAACCUAUUCUCGUAAAAUAGCAAACACACAGAUUGAUGAACAAUCAAAGAACUCUCGAUUCAAAACUUUUAUUCCAAUAAAAAAAACUAGCCCGUUUACAACAUUUUUUAAUUCUUGUUUGAUGUAUAAGCUGUCAUCUAAAAUCAUAGAUUAAUAAUAGUUAAAAAAUAAUUUUUCAUUAGAAAUGCUCUCAAAAGUCUGGCUUUUUAUGAGCUUCAGUCAUCAAAACAAUAUGGUUUGUACUGGCGCGGAUUUGAUGACCUCGGCGCGGAUUUCAAAUGGCUUGGCGCGGAUUUUGCGGUUUCCAAAUCGACACUUUUGUAACAGCCCUGUAGUUGAGGUUGUUAUAGAAAGGAAAUCAGUGAGAUAAGCAAUCUAUCAAAUGUGAAUGAAGCACCCUGUGCAAUUAUGGCCGACAUAUCGGUCGGAUGCUGGAGCAGGCAGCGAUUAGUAAUCAAUGUGUCAAAAUUGAUCAAGUGCAGCUAUACAAAAAUUCGUUAUUCGAUUGCAUAUAGUUUUGUUUUUCCAUAGGAUUAGGUUCAAUGUAGCGUUUAGGAAGCAUACGUUAGGAAUCUACUUAACCAAAACCUAAUUUAUACGUUACUCACAUCGAACAGCAACUACAUUUUAGCUGAGAAACUGCAAAAUAAAUCCCGGAUUGUACCAAUGUAUUUAAGCCCAAAUCCUUUGAAUGCAAUAUCUUCCAAUCAAACCAACAAACGACAAGUCUGCAUCUACGCCUCUCCUAAGUUAGCAUUCUCCGAAAGCGCAGCAUUUAGGAUAUAGCCGCCCAUUUUUAGCCUACCGAUUAAUGUUAUUAUACUUUCCUAGCAUUUGUACAUAUGUAUUUUCAUUUGAACAAUGUUUUAGAAUUUCAUUUUUAAAAGUUAACGAUAUUUUAACAAAUAAUAUAGUUUUGGUUUUUAACUUCGCCCGACGUGUUUCGCCUUCAAAUCGGACCUUCAAACGAAAAAGUGUAUCCCUGUAGCUCUUUCUUUUCAAUUUCGAACAAUUGAACUAAAAUAAAUGCCAUUAUUGAACGUUUCGGUCUCGAUUAACUAAUCGCAUUCGGCUUAAGAGGCGAACUUCCUAGGAUUGCAAACUUUCAACAAAUCCGGAUUUCGAUUUACUCGAAAUAUGCGCCGAUUCCGAUUCAGUAGACAUAGUUUAGUUAUUUGUUUGACUUUAAAUUAAAUUUCACAACCACAAAUAUACAAUCUUUGUGAACCACUGUACAUAGAUAUUAUGAUUAGUGACAAUAGUGAAAAUUCCUGUUUCUAGGUUCAUUAUCGCACCACACGAAUUAGAUCAAAACCACAGAAAAAGAUAAACUUGAAUCAAUUUUGAAUGCAAUCAAAUCAGCAGUAGACCCAAUCGGAUCCAUCGCGAUUGGUACAACACAGAAUUAACGAGAGACAGACUUAAUGAUAGAUUGAGAGAAACAGUAUAUUAGAUUAGCAACUGAUGGACGAUGGAAGUAUAUAGAAAUGGAAAGUUGAUAAAAAUAUAUAACAGUAUACUUAUACAUAGAUAAUGAAGAAAAAACAAUAUUUUUAUUCAGUAAUAAAA